UGUGUAGUUGCAAAACGCUCAUUCACACCGUUUAUUCUAUUGUGGAUAGACGUAACCGUGAAAAUGCAGCUCUAUAAAAUUGCACUUGUUGUGGCCUUGGUGUUCACAGCCUUCUUUGGCUCUGCCUACGGUGGCCACGGAGGUGGUGGCGGCAAAGGAGGCGGAGGAGGACAUGGAGGUGGAGGUGGAGGUGGAGGCAAAGGCGGUGGUGGCAAAGGAGGCGGUGGCAAAGGAGGUGGUGGCAAGGGAGGUGGCGGCAAAGGAGGUGGUGGCAAAGGAGGAGGCGGCCACGGAGGAGGUGGUGGUGGAAAAGGAGGCGGUGGCAAAGGAGGUGGCGGCCAUGGAGGAGGCGGAAAAGGUGGUGGAGGUGGCGGCCAUCAUGGUUAAGCUCAACUGGCUCUGCACAUUUCUAUCAAAUGCUGGACAUCUGGUGUCAUCAUGGUCAUAUCCUCGUUGACAACACCACCCUAUACAAUGUCAACUUUAAGAAAUCUGGUGAAAUAAAGUCACAAAAACAA